CACCUCACAGAUAGGUUCCCCAUGUCAUACCCUCCCUCGAGUGAUCAAAUUUCGUUUGCCAUGGGGAUCUGUUGACUCUAGCAAUCUCUAGUCCCUGCUUCUCUAAGGAAGCUUGAUUGCUCAGAACCCCGCUCACCGUCCGUGCAGCAGCUUAGGGCAUUGCAUCAAGCAACCGGGUUCGGUAACCAUCGGCCCCAGAAAUCUCUCCUCACUCGGACCUCCAUUAUUCCUCACUCCUCCUUCCACACAUCAUCGGAUCUCUUGGUCUUCGACAUUUUUUUCUCUCAUUCGAUAUAGGGUUCUUGGGUUCCGGAUCGAGCACCCGAUAUGCUCGCGUCCGGGAGCCCUCGUUGAUUCACGGACAAGCAACGUGAGCGUCGGUCACCAAGAUGACUUCUAGCGGCCGCGGUGCUCCCAGCUGCUCCUCGGAGCAAGCUCAGUCAAUCACUAUUGACAACGCUGCACCCGCUCCCCACGUGCCCGCCAUGCCGACUCCCUCUCUCAUAACCCGCCUUCAGAUCCUCUCAACCACUUGGUCCGAUGGCUUUAUUACACCUCUAUGUGGAGCUAGCGCUGGCGUGGCUUCCGGUAUUGUCACAUGUCCUCUAGAUGUGAUUAAAACCAAACUGCAAGCCCAAGGCGGCUUCCGGCGGGGAACACGGGAAGCUGCGUCGGAGACGCUCUACCGGGGAAUGCUCGGCAGUGGAAAGACGAUUUGGCGGGAGGACGGUGUUCGCGGUCUUUACCAAGGACUCGGUCCGAUGGUGCUGGGGUAUCUCCCCACCUGGGCCGUCUACCUAGCAGUCUAUGACCUAUCUCGCGAAAAAUUCCUUGAGUACACAGAUAACUGGUGGUUAUCACGACUUUACGCUUCAAUCACCGCUGGUGCGUGCUCAACAAUUGCGACAAACCCCAUCUGGGUGAUCAAGACACGGCUCAUGUCCCAGAGCCUUAAGCAAAACAACGAGGGAGCCCGGGCCCCGUGGCAAUACUCAGGGACGUGGGAUGCUGCACGUAAGAUGUACAAAGUCGAGGGAAUCCGCUCUUUCUACUCCGGGCUCACCCCGGCUCUUCUCGGACUGGCUCAUGUGGCCAUUCAAUUCCCCCUCUACGAAUACCUGAAAAUGGGCAUCACGGGAUACGGUAUCGGCGAACACCCCGAACACGGCAAUACCCAGUGGGUCGGCAUCUCCCUCGCCACUUUCCUUAGCAAGCUUUGUGCAAGCACUAUCACUUACCCACACGAGGUCCUCCGGACUCGACUUCAAACACAGCAGCGCACCAUGCCUGCAUCAUCCCCGGAAGAAAUUGCAUUCCGCGGUGGACUCAGCCACCCCCAUGACCGUGGUCGGUCCCAGGGAUAUUCCUCCUCGGAUGGAAUGCGCACACAGCUGCGCUACAACGGCAUGAUACGCACGUUUCAGACAAUUCUCCAUGAAGAGGGCUGGCGCGGUUUCUACUCCGGAAUCGGUACCAACCUGUUCCGGGCCGUCCCGGCCGCCAUGACGACCAUGCUCACAUACGAGUAUCUGCGCAAGACGAUCAGUCAUCUCCAGCAUGAAGGUGAUCUGAAGCUGAAGCAGCAAGAAGAUGAAGCGCGGGAAACUUCAAUUUGAUACCCAUGAUCCAGCAAUACAUAAAACAAUACCCUUUCAAUCUCGUUCUUGAAC